UCCUGUCCUUCAUACGAUCUUUACAAAAUUGGGGAGGUUUCACGUGUACAGAAUGAAAACAAUAUUUUGAUGUCAGAAGACAAAUAAAAGGGAGACAUUUAAACAGACUACAGAUUUUAAGAGAUGGCACGGAGAGUUCUAUAUCCUCUCUAUCAGUUGGGUAACCCCCAGCUGAGAAUAUUCCGUCCAAACUUCUUCAUGACCCUAGUGCGACCUGGCAGAGAACUGCAGCCAGACACAGUGCAGUUUCGCAUCCCCCUGGAAAUGACGAAAUGCGAUGUGAAGAACUACCUUGAGAAGAUCUACAGUGUACCAGUAGCUACAGUAAGGACAAGAAUUCAGUAUGGCACCAAUAAGAAGAGAAAUCACCUGAACCAGCGGGUGAAGAGGCCAGAUUACAAAGUGGCGUACGUUCAGAUGGCUCAGCAGCAGACGUUCGAAUUCCCCGACAUCUUCCCCAAGAAGGACGCUAAACCGGAGGAGGGAUCGAUGGAGGAGCUGGAGCAGAAGUUCAUGGAGGACGAGCGUCAGAGGCAGAAACCCGACCCCAGGCGAGGUGGGGUGCCGGAGUGGUUCGGCCUCUGAGGAGAUUUGCCUGUCUGAGGAGGGCUUAAGACCCGCGCACAUGCUCCUGCUGCGCUCCGGCAGACCGAGACGCUUCCUCGCAGCCCCGGAGAUGCGCGAAAGCGAGGCCGCCGAUGCGAGGCGGGGUCACCGCGCUCUCCCAGGCAGGAAAGGGCCACACCUCCGUCACCCGAAACGACCCUCAAAGGAAGCACUGCUGUCUGCCCGGCCGCACAUCAGCAUUUUUUUUUUCUUUGUCGCAGUCAGUGGCCGAAUUCCAAGCCAAAAUUUAAUUUAAAACCCCUUUUUUCCACUUUCUGCACUGUACAGUACAUGUCUGAGAGACCAGUGGCAGCUCAGGUCAUGCGAAGCCGCAAACACACUCAAUUUGUCCUUUCUUCCCUCCCAAGAAUUAGAUUUAACUGUAAGAGGUAAUAAGCUGCCUCUUUCAACGCGGAUGAAAAAAUAAUUAGAAUGUGUAACAUACAGAGAGAACAUUGAAAUAGUACCUUUACAUUAAUACAGCUGUUUGAUUCCCUCCUUUUGGCUUUAAAAUUUAAGUAUGUAAUGCCUAAAGGAGUCUCACUCCGUUAAACUGAAAGCUCUUUACAUCCUGGUUGUACCUUUGCAAUGUCACAUUUCUGAUUGGUAGUUUUUCAUGAGAGAUAAACUGAAAACAGGGAUAAAACACCCCAAAUGAAAAUUUCCAUCUAGAAGUUUUAUUAAACCUAGAAGUACAAGGUUUUUCUGUGUACAUCAGCAGCAGAAUUAAAGGUAAAAUUUAAAUAAAAUUCUUGUGAUUGUA